GUUGCCGACGAUAGUACACGGUAGUUCAAACAAAGGAAAGAUACAGCAACGCUCACAGUUCUCUCAGUCUUAUAAGCACACCAGUGUCGAUGGUUUGGAAACGCAGUUAUAUCGGGCAGUUAAUUAUUUUUUAUUGCUCUCUGAGAUUUUUGUAAGCCUACCAUAUGACGCACAUCAACAUGUACCGACCGACAACAAUAAAAAGCCUAACAUAUGGCUCAUAUUGCACAUCAUUUGGUGCAUUAUUAUAUAUGCCAGUCUCAUCGUUGCCAUAUACAGCGAGUACACGCAGGUCAACAUCGACCUGCCGACAAUACACAAGCCGUUAUAUUUUGGCGAAUAUCUAGUAUACAUAGUUCAUAUAUUCCACAUUAUGAUCAGCAGUUAUUGGGGCCGUCACAAAUGUCACCGAUUUUUGCGUACCCUAGCCGAUUUUGAUUACAACUUGGUUAAUUUUGAGAAACAACCGAAGUAUGAACGUUUAACGUGCUUCUUGAAAGCUCAUGUGUUUUUGGUAGUUUUGUUUGCCAUUGCGACUGUCAGCGUCAAUUACUUUUACAGUAAUGGCAUUUUCUUGAAUUACACACGUAGUCUCGUCGUCUAUCUGUUGCCGAACCUAAUAUUGUCCAUCUCACUCAUUCAAUACUAUACGCUGUUGUACGCUAUCGCUCAACGCUCGAGACGCUUCAAUGAAAUCCUGCACGCAGAGCUUUCGCAGAAGAAUAGUCCACGUAUUUUUAAUGAAAGACUGCAACGUAUUCGACUACUCUAUUCAACUCUACAGGUAUUUACGAAGGAAGUGAAUAAUAGUUUUGGAUUUUCGGUCGUCUUGGUAUACAUUGGAUCAUUCACAAAUUUGGCGGUGAAUAUUUUUUUGAUCUACAAAUAUGUAGAUGCGGGGAAUAUGUCGGCAAUCUCAUGGAUUUUCUACUUGUUGGUUUGGACGACCAUGCAUAUUGCUAAGAUGUUUCUGAUACUUUACUACAACCAUAACAUCCAGAAUCAGAACAAUAAUACAGUCCUAAUAAUGAAUGAAAUUGGUGGCCAAAAUACGGAAAUGGAGGAUACAGUUGGUUAUCCUUUUUUUUUCUUUUCCAAAUAAAUUUUUUGUUGUCCUUUAUUAUUAUUUGCAGAUCACACAUUUUGUAUUGCAAUUAAUCAUAAACACGCGAACAAAUAUUGUCUGCGGUGUUGCAGAAUUAAAUCUCAAAUUUAUUACAACACUUUUAACGGGCAUGUCCACCGUCUUCAUAUUUUUACUGCAAUAUGCCAUAACUUACGAGGCCCUUAAGUUAACGCAGAACUCGGGGAAUCCCAAGCCCAAUGUUUGAACGAACGUAAUAAAGAACAGUUGUUCGUUCAUAAAAGACAAGCGAACGCAACGAACAAAAAAAUAUUCGCGAAAAUUUUCUAUUGAAUUAUUUGUCGGAAGCAUACUCGUAAUAAAAGUAAAUUGAUGAUCUGGCAGCACUUAAACAGCUGUUUAAUAAACAUUGCAAUUCAACAAAAAAGUAUUUCACGUGGAAAUAGUUCGGAUAACUAACUUAUAAUAUUCUAUUAAUUAAUAAAAUCAAUACAAUUAAAAAAAAAAUUAGUUAAGAAUGUGUGAAGUCGACACUAUUACUAAAAUCGCCAAAACCCUUGGUGUUCCAGCUGGUGAAGUAACGCUUAAUUCUGAAAAGAUUAUCACUCGCACGAAUAACAACAACACGGUAUCUGGUUUUGCCACUAUUCUUAACGCACUCGCACAAGAAUCUAAAUCAGAGAUUGCACGCAACAGUUCAGCGACACGCGAAAUUGCCGCGGACGUCUACCAAUGGAUUGAAUUUGCUGUAUUGUAUGUGGCACCUGGUUCCAAAGACAAACAUAUAUCCCAACAACUACUACGUGACUUCAAUAAUCUAUUCAGCACUAAAUCCUACUUAGUAGGAUAUCUUAUUACAUUAGCGGAUUUAGCUAUAUUUUAUGCCAUCCACAAUUUGAUGAAAUCUCUUUCCCCGGUCGAAAAAGAAAAUUAUUUAAAUCUCUCCCGCUGGUUUGACCAUCUGCAACAAAGACCAGAAAUACGUCAAGGCGGUAAUAUGCUCAACUUCACCACAAUUUACUUGCAUGGUUGGGCGACAGGCACACAUAUAUAAAUCUUCCACACUUCAUGUUAACGAACUAUUUAUUUUCCCCCGUGAAUAACAAUGACAACAUAAAUGAAAAAUACUAAGUAGGAAAAUGUGUACGUAUUUAUUUGAAAUCACUUAAUGUAUUACAUACUAAAAUAUGCUCAAUCAUCAUUUCUGUUCAUUACUUUUUUUUUUAAGUAAAAAGUAAUUUGGAAUAAAAUACAGUAUUUUGCCAGCUAUUUAAUAUUUCCGUGAAGUAAAUGCUAUUAUCAGUUCUUACGUUCUUCAAAAAAAUUUUAAGAUCUUAAAAAUUUCCAAAUUUAUUACAAAUCAUUUACUCUCAAAUUCAUAUAAUAGGUUUGCAAAAUAUUUGUAGUUCAAAAAUUGAAGAAAAUAAAUUUUAACCCUUAUGAAUUAUUGAUUCUUUCACUCUUGAUGCCGAAAAGGGAUUCGACUUCUUUUUAGAAUUUCACCCGCAUUCAUCUUUACUCUAAUUGGCAUGUACUUCGCGUGGUGAAUUCAUAGAAUUAUUCAAUUCGCCCGGUUCGGUGCACUUCCAGAGCCCAUAGGUUUUACCCACAGUUGUCUGCCAAAGUCGCAAUGUGCCAUCUUCAGAGCCACUGGCAUACAGCUCACCAUCCGGGCUAAACUUCACAGAAUGCACUGGACCAAAAUGACCUUUAAAGGAUUCUGUGAAGAAAGUAAUAGCGUAUAAAUGUUAAAUAUUUGUUAUUUUACACACACAUAUUUAUCCAUUAAAUACUCACCAAUUUCAUUACCGGUUAUAUAAUCAAAUUUGUACAUCUUAAAAUCUUCACCACCACAUACAAACACAUGUUUGUCGGGAUGUAAACUAGCCGACGAUACAUUAGUCGGCACUUUCACCUCUUUCAGCUUUUUCAAUGUGUCCACUUCCCAGAAGCUGAUGGUCGAACCAUGUGUUAUCGUUAGAAUGUGAUUAUCAGCCGAUAUUUCUAAGCUAUUCGGAUUGUGGGGAAACUGCAGUCGUUGUAUCUCAUUGCCAGUUAAACGAUCCCACAAGCGUACGGUUUUAUCUUCAGCUGCAGACAGUAUACACUUAUCGUCACGACAAAAGAGUGCACGUUUCAAAGCACCUGCAUGACCGGCGUACAGUUCCGGUUCGACAUUCGGUUGCUCCAUAUUGAAUACACGCACCAAUUUCUCAUUGCUACCGGUGACAAUAUUCUCUGAAUUUGUAUCGAAUGCAACUGAUUUCACAAUAUGCUUAUGUUGGAAACUGUGGAUUUCACCGCCCGUAACGGCAUUCCAAACUUUUCCAGUAAAGUCUGCAGCACCAGAAGCGGCCAAAGUGGCAUUCCUGUUCAACGCCACACCCCAAACGGCACCUUUGUGACCUUCGAAUGUACCCACCCAAUCACCGGUGUCUCCUUGUCGCAACAUAGGGCUACCAUCUGUAGUAAUUGAAAGUAUAUUAAAAACAAAAUUAAAUAUCAAUAAAAGUGCUCUAACAACUUA